AAAUAAAUAAAUAAAAACCGAAAAAUAAAAUCCCUAAAUGAAUAAAUUCCUAAAAAUCCAGAUUUCCCCGAAACACAGCAAUUCCGGUAAAACCAGAAAAAAUGGCAGCGCCGACGGGUUGCUACAAGUGCGGAAGACCAGGUCACUGGUCACGUGACUGCCCAUCCUCCGCUCCGAAUCCAAUCCCCAAUUCCUCCGCUUCUACUGCUUCUGCUACUCCUUCUUUCAACAACGUCGGAGGCGGCGGUGGUGGCGGUGGCGCUCCCAAUUCCUCUUCCAAAACCUUUUCUGUAAACCGAUCUUCCGAGAAACCCAAGAAGGUGGUGGCUCCUAGGACCAGGCCGAAGCUCACCCCUGGUCUUCUUCUUUCCGACGAUGGCCUCGGCUAUGUCCUUCGUCACUUCCCUCGCUCCUUCAAGUAUCGCGGCCGCGGUCACGAGGUUAGAGAUUUGGGGAAUCUAAUUGGGAUGUAUAGUGAAUGGCACUCUCGUUUGCUACCUUAUUAUUCAUUUGAUCAGUUUGUACACAAGGUGGAACAAGUUGCUGCUACAAAACGUGUCAAGUUGUGUCUUAGAGAACUAAGGGAAAGAGUUGCUAGCGGAGGUGAUCCAACAAAGUUGCACGAACCACCGGUUGAACCUGGCAGUACCCAGGAUAAACAAGACAUGAACUCCGAGGGACUAGGCAAUGAUCAGGGAGUUUCCCCUUCAAAGAACAACGAUGCUGAAAAUAUACAGGCAGACAUGCUUGAGGACAUUUUUGAGAAAGCCAUUGAAGAACCUUCACAAACUUUGCAGAGUGACACAGUCCCUGCAGAAGAAUUACCAAACCAAGCUUCAAACGAUAAAAAUAGUGGCUCCAGCUCCAGUGAAAGUCAGAUCACAGAAGAACAGAAAGCUCGAAUGGAAGCUAACAGAUUGAAGGCACUGGAGAAAGCUGCGGCUCGGGCUCGCUCAUUGCAGGUGUCUUGAUUUAAUUCUUCGUUUUUUUUUUUUUUUUUUUUUUUUUUGGCUUCCAAACUUGUUACCUAUCUUCUGCAAAAUCAACAAUUACAACUUGUUGAAACUUUAUUAAACUUUUAUUAUUUCAAUCCAGAGAAUCUAUUUAAAAGGUCAAAUAUGUGCAUA